GAUGUCGUUAGGGCAUAGCAUUUAUACCUAACGGAAUAAUACACUCAGGUCCCGGCCCCACUUAGUUCCUAGGUACGGUGGGACAACUUUUUUCUUUAUCUUUUAUCAGCUUCAUUUUUUAUCGCCCAUGUCGUCAUACCGUCACAGCUAAGAGGUAAAAAUUGAUCGGCAGAAUACUUCACGCCAACUUCACUCUCGCAAUCGCGUAAUAUUUCUGUAUACCUCCUAGUAGACGCCAAAUAAGAAACCCUACAAUGGCAGCCGACGAGCGGAACAUGCCCUUCAUAAAACACCUUGCGUCCAGUGAUCGUAAAAUACGAACCUCGGCCCUCGGUACCCUUCGCACAUUCCUCACAGCGCCUACCACCGCCCGGAAGUUGACAGACCUCGAUUAUCUAAAACUAUGGAAAGGUCUAUUCUAUAGCGUAUGGAUGUGCGAUCGGCCCAUCCCCCAGCAGAACUUGUGCGCCGAUCUCGCCGGCCUCCUAGCCGCCCUUCCUACCCCGAGCGAUAACGAGUGCGCCGUAGCGAUUCCGUUCCUCCGCGCCUUCUGGGCUACUCUCUCCCGCGAAUGGACCGCCAUUGACGUUCUGCGCAUGGAGAAAUAUCUGUUGCUGGUGAGGCGUGUAUUCGGUGCCAGUCUGGCUUGGGCGGGCGACGGAACGAAAGGAAAGCGGUGGGCCGGUACGCGCGCAGACGGCAUGUUUCGACUGCUAGAGGAAUGGCCGCUCGAAAAGACGGGCGACCUAGCCAAAGUGCCUGUCGGCUUGCGACUUCACGUGCUAGAUAUAUGGGUCGACGAGGCAGAGAAAUUGGAGUUGCUGAUGAACGAAGGUGACGAGAGCGCCGGGGACUGCGACACGUUUCUGGACAGGUUACGGACUAUCGUCGAGGUGCAGUCCAAGUCUACUUGCCAACCUGUGCGAUCUAGAGCCAAGGAAUCUCUGUCCGACGAGAGGCUGCCGUGGAAUAGAGUUGCCUCGUCGGAGGAAGAGAUGGACGUCGACAAGGGCGAUGGGGACAGCUGGGACGGAUUCGACGACUGAGUCGCAAACUUUGGUUUAUCUACUAGGAUUUGGAAUUCGGGCGUUCGUGCGGGUGGAUAUAUCCAGGGUUAACGCAUCGCAUCGGGAAUCGAACCAUUUUGUUCAAGACCGCUAAAGUCCUAUAUUAAUAAACAUAGGUAGCUAAGGCGCGAGCACAAGUCGCGCGCGUAUUUUCCAAAGACGAAUUUAUAUAUCUAUUUCUAACGCUGUGGGUAUCACAUAACCUGCUUGUUGCUCUUUUCCGUACGCUCGCCCCAAGUUUACACGACGGCUUUCUCCCAGCCGGUCGGGCCGGCCGCUUCGUACCUCCC